AGCUAAGGUGAUUUUAGAACAAAAAGAAGUGACACUACUCAACUCAUUCUAACUUUAUAAAAACUCCUCUCUAUAUAUAAACACCCUCUUCCCCACCUCACAAGAAAAAACCUUUCAUUUUCUCCUCCAAACUUCUCAACACCACCUCCAUUAACAAACCCUCUUUCUCUCUCUACUUUCUCUCUCAUCACAUAAACUCCAUCUUCAUUCAUUCAUCAACCAUGGCAGCAGACUCAUUCGACCAAGAAAGCAGUUGUUCAUCCUCCAUAACAAUCCCAGACUCAAGCCAGAGUUGGAUGAGUCUAAACCUAAACCUAAACCUAAGCACUCUUAGUCUUUGUCGUCGUAGUAGUUUCUCGAGUCAUUCUCUAUCCUCCCCCACAACUAAACCCCACAAGGCUCAACAAGCCGGGUGGGAGGCGAUAAAGGGCCUCCGAAGGCAAGUAGCCGGAGGCCGUGUCGGACUCGAACAUUUCAAGAUACUGAAACGUGUAGGGGGUGGUGAUUUAGGCAAUGUGUACCUUUGUCAAAUACGAAACCCCGCCGUGGGGGCGGUACCGUGUUAUUAUGCUAUGAAAGUAGUUGAUAGAGAAGCACUUGCUAUUCGGAAGAAGCUUGUUAGGUCUGAUAUGGAGAAGGAGAUAUUAGGGUUGCUUGAUCACCCUUUUUUGCCUACUUUGUAUGCUGAUUUUGAAGCUUCUCAUUAUUCUUGUUUGGUUAUGGAGUUUUGCUCUGGUGGUGAUUUGUAUGCUCUUAGGCUUCGUCAACCUAAUCGGAGGUUUCAUCUUUCCUCUGCUAAGUUUUAUGCAGCAGAGACACUUUUAGCCUUGGAGUAUCUACACAUGAUGGGAAUAAUAUACAGGGAUCUAAAGCCAGAGAAUGUAUUGGUAAGAGAAGAUGGACACAUUAUGCUAUCUGACUUUGAUCUUUCGCUCAAAUGUGACGUGGUCCCAAAGUUGUUAAAACAAAAGCUGCCAAUUGAGAAGAACACUUAUGUAAGGUGUUCCACACCUUCUUGUGUUACACCUAUACAACCUGUCCUCUCUUGUUUUUCUAGUAACAAGAGGAGGAACAAGACAUCCCCUAGGAACACCACCACCAUACGACAGACGGCCAAUGGUGAUCGUAUCGAUAGUGAUUCUGAUGACGAUGGUGAUGGUGAUGGUGAUGGUGAUGGUACUAAUAAUAAAGUAUUUUUUGACACGGAGCUAGUGGCCGAGCCCAUCAAUGCUCGGUCCAAGUCUUUUGUUGGGACCCACGAGUACUUGGCCCCCGAGGUCAUUUCUGGGCUCGGCCAUGGGAGUGCUGUCGAUUGGUGGACCUACGGGGUUUUUCUUUAUGAGAUGUUGUAUGGUAGGACACCAUUUAAGGGUGAAAAUAACGAGAAGACACUGAUUAAUAUUUUGAAGCAACCCGUAACGUUUCCUAGGAUGAGCCUAGGUAGCGCAAAAGAGUAUGAAGAAAUGGCAAAAGUUCAAGACCUAAUUUGCAAGCUUCUAGUGAAGAAUCCCAAGAAAAGGAUUGGUAACCUUAAGGGUUCAAAUGAGAUCAAAAGGCAUGACUUCUUCAAGGGUAUUAAUUGGGCCUUGAUCAGGUCAGUUAAGCCACCUUUGGUGCCUAAAGAGCUUCACAAUAACAAAAUGAGGAAGAGUUCUAGUAGUAAUUGUAGUAGUAGUUAUCAAAGAGGUCUCAAUAUGCCAAAAGCACUAAGCAAAAAAGAGAGGGAAGCACCAUAUCAGAUUCCUCAAUCUCAUUUUGAUUACUUUUAAUUAAGUGAGACCUCCUUUUUUUUUUUUUUGAAUUGUAUAUAAUUAGUUUAUAGCUUUAUAGGGUCUUAAUAGAAGAGAAUUGAUUAAUUAGUGGUGGUGAAUUAGCUAUUAAUUCAAUCACUAGUAUUUCUAUCAUCAUAUAUAUGUAUAAUACUUGAUCCAAAGAGAGAAAACUCCCCGAUCAAUCUAGCUAGUCUUUCUCAUUUUGCUAACUUAUUAGACAUAUAUCACAUGUACUCAGACUUAAUUGUCACGUUAAUAGUUCAAAUUACACUAU